UUGGUGAGGAAGGCAAGAAUGGUAAUGGAUGAAAAUACAUCAGGAGAGGUAUUGAAACAUCCCCUUCUCAAGCAUCAUGCAACAGGUGGAGACUACAAGCAACAGAAUAUUCAAGAUUGGUUCAACAGUAAUUGCACAUCACUUGUAUAUGAAGCCAGGACUCAGAGCCCACAGGAAGCAGAAAUCAUGCAGAGGAUGAACAGCACAGAAGAUGACUUAAUGUUGGGAGUGGAAGCGUUUUUGAAUUUCUGGAUCGCUGGCACCAUGACCCUGAGGAACUUCUACUUGACCUUGGAAACAACCAGCCAAAAAGUUUUGUCUGAGCUCAACAGUGUGCAGAUGCAACUGGUGGACAUAAAAAAUGAACACAGAGCACUGCUGAAAAACAUUUCACAGAGAAAUCCCUCUAAAGACAUUGAGGAUUCUCAAAAACCUGAAGAAAACUGGGGAAAUAAUGAGAAUACUUUGAGCACUUUAGGAAGAGAAAGAAAAUAUGCUUUCCUCUGUGCUCAUACAAUUACUCCUCAAGAUGACAGCAUCAUAUCACAAUGGAAAGUAGGACAGAAUGAAGAUCAGAGAAAUGUACCUGGUUUGCCUCUUGAUUUGAAAAUAGCCCAAGAUUAUCCCCUGCCAGAAGCAUCCGCCAAAGACAAAGACAUGGACUUUCAAUUUCAAAUGCUCCAAGCAAAGAAGCUGAAGCAUGGCAUGUGUGACAAGUUACCAGAAUCCUUUGAAAUUGAAGAGAUGCAGAGUUUUGAUGAAGAUAGUUCUCCAAGAAUGGCUGCUAACAAAAAUUGUUCAGAUAUUAAAAGAGAAAAUAGUUGUCAGUCGGAUAGUAGUGGAUUUCUGGAGGAGCCAUUCAUUCCACCACAGAAUCUGAAUACAUUCAAAAGUGUUGGUUGUGACAGGAUUAAUAGCCAAGACCCCUUCCAAGAUAAGAAACAAUGGCCUGUCCCAAUCGAAGAUCUGGGGCAAGCAACGUGUAACAUUACUGAGCAAACCCAGGCCCCUGUGUCUGGUGACUGUGAUCAAGCAAAGUUUUCAGAAGCAUCCACAGAAUUACAAGUUUCACACGAAGAGAGUAGUAUCAAUGUGGAAAUUUCUGAUCUCCUUCCUCACACCUUUGGAGAUCCGCUGGGGAUAGUGGUUCCAUGUAUUGAUAAAGUCACAGGGGAGAAAAGUGAAUUGAAUGAUGACCAAAACAAUUUUCCCAUGGAAGCUUUAAAAGAUGAUUUUAUUGUUGAUGAAAAAUUCUGGGAAAAUAACCAAAUCCAGAAGGAAAAUAGUGAUGUACAUAAUCAGAAUAAUGACCCUGUAUGCAGUGAAGCAGUAAAUGUGAACAAUAGUGAAACUCAGCAAGAAUCCAGCCCUCAUGUACAAGACCCUGCUGUUUUAAGCAAAGCAGAGACCACUGAAAGUCCUCAAGAGAAAUUGGAACAAAGUGUCACAGAGGUUUGCUCUUUAGAACCAGUUCCACUUUUAUGUCAAUCAGAUGAAGAUUCUCCUGAAAACUCUGAAAUUAAAGAAUGUGGCAAGAUGAGGGGAGCUUCAGCGCAGACUGAAGAUAACACUGAGGAGCUCACAAUUGAACCAAAUAAAUAUGACCAAGUUAGGAAUCCCUUUCUACUUGUACCUGACUUCCAGACUGGCAUGCAAAUAAGAAAAUCAGUUUCAGUGGACACUGGACUACAUAUUAUUGAACAGAAUGCUCAGAAGCUAACUGCUAACACUCCAACUCAUUGCUGCCGCCAAUGUUCCUGUCACCGACAUCAUUGUUCAGCAGAAUGGUUCAAAGGUGACAAUGUAAAAUGCCUGCCGAAGAUUCCAAUCUCACCCUCAGAGGCACAGCUGGUCAAGACCUUACAGCAGUUACAAGAAACCACAAAAGUGAUCUCUGGAUCUCCGGCUAUACAGGAGAUUGAUACCAUGAAGCAAUGUCUGCAGAGUUUUCAGAAUACAUUGGGGGACAUAGAACAAGACAUCAGUGAAGAGCAGGCUUCGGUCGACAGUGCUUUAACUGAAGAAGAAAGAGAGGAUGUGAGGUGGCUACAGAAGUUACGCCAUUCAGUGCGUGAAGAGGUCAAAGAAUUAGAGGUUCUUCUUGAGGAUCGGGCUCGACAAUUUAGAGAAGCAAUGAGAACACGGUUGCUGAAUUUACUGGAUGAAGAGUCUGCAGUCAACCCAGACCAGGAAGUGCUGAAGCAAACUGGGGAUGUGGUAUCAGAUAGCCAGCCUUGCCCUUCAUCCAUCAGUAUGACAUCAGCACCAGCAGCCGUCACCAACUCAGAGGAGCUGGAAUCAAAUCCAGGAAGAAGUCUUUCUAUGUAUUCCAUGUUACGCCGUAGUCUGAUCAGUUCACCAACCACUUCAGCUUCAAAUCAAAUGGAUGCUGAAGCCUGUUCAGAAGCUGUCAAAAAUACAGGAUUAAUCAAAAAUAAACCCCAUCAGAAAGAAACACUGGAAUUCAGAACCAUUCUGCAACAGAUUAAACAAUCAUUUCAACAGUUCAGAUUGGUGGGUGACCAUGACUGAACUAAAGACGUUUCACACAUGAUUCAAACACAAAAUCCUGAAAAUUUCCAUUAAGUGAAGAAACUCAUCAAAGCAAUGCAACUGAAAUCCGAAGGGAACAUUGCAUGGGAAAAAAGAAUCUUUUUUACUGAGACUGCACACCUCCCAUAUUUCCUCAUCUUGUGAGCCACUGUGAACCCAACUUCUGAAUCAAGCUCUUCCACCAAUCUCAACUCUUCAUUGCUUAGUUAAAACAUGUAAACUGAUGACA